GGUAUGUUUAUCGUAAGCUUCCCCUACGCAGUUCUGCAAGGCGGGUACUGGGCACUCCUCUCCAUGAUACUCAUAGCCUAUAUAUGCUGCCAUACUGGGAAGAUUCUAGUUGAUUGCCUGUAUGAGGAGGAUGACAGCGGAAACAGGGUGCGCGUGCGCCACUCCUACGUCGAAAUAGCUGAAGAAGUAUGGGGAAGAAAAGUUGGAGGGAAAAUCGUGAACGUUGCACAACUGAUCGAACUUAUAAUGACAUGUAUUUUGUAUCUUGUAUUAUGUGGAGAUUUGUUACUUGGUAGUUUUCCCAACUCUCCCGUGGAUCUAAGUUCUUGGAUCAUGAUAAGUUGUGCGUUUCUCCUGCCGUGUGCCUUUCUUAAGACCCUUCGCCACGUCUCAGUGCUCAGUUUCUGGUGCACCGUCGCCCACCUGUUCAUCAACGGUAUUAUACUCAUUUACUGUUUUACCAAAGCUGCCGAAUGGAAAUGGAGCGAAGUUCAAGUCAAGAUUGACAUCUGGACAUUCCCCAUUUCUCUUGGUAUCGUCGUGUUCAGUUACACGUCGCAGAUAUUUCUCCCUUCCUUGGAGGUGAAUAUGGUCGACAGGAGCAAGUUCCACUGCAUGUUGCAUUGGACCCACUUAGCGGCGGCUGUAUUCAAGGCGCUCUUCUCUUACAUUGGAUUUGUAACGUGGGGGAAAGACACCAAGGAAGUCAUAACCAAUAACCUCCCUAGUGAAACUUUGAAAAUAAUUGUCAAUUUGAUUCUGGUUGUAAAAGCUCUUCUCUCUUACCCUCUUCCUUUCUUUGCUGCGGUUGAGUUGCUGCAAGUUACUUUCUUUCAAGGACGCCCAAAGACCUAUCUCCCAACUUGCUUUGAGACGGACGGUGCUUUAAAAGUAUGGGGGUUGGCCCUUCGGUUACUCCUAGUAGUAGUCACUUUAAUUCUUGCUAUAACAAUACCACAUUUUGCUAUUUUAAUGGGGUUUAUUGGUAGUUUUACGGGAACUAUGCUCUCAUUUUUAUGGCCAUGUAUAUUCCACCUAAAAAUCAAAGGCUCAACGUUAAAAUGGUACCAAAAAGCAAUGGAUAUUAUUAUCAUAAUUCUUGGAUUAUUAUUUUGUAUUAUAGGCAUGUAUUAUUCGGGGCACGCUCUAUUUAGAGCCUUCCGAGGUUUACCUCCAAAUCCUUUCGUACAUGCUUAAUCAUUUCUACAAAAGCUUA